GAGUGUCAGGUAUCUCAGUCAUUGAAGCUGAAAAUCCUGUCGGGCUGCUCGCUGAUUCUCUCGUCUCUCACUCAAAAGAAAAUUCGAAAACAAGAAAGAAAAUCAGAAAAGAAGCGCGUGCCGCGUGCGGGGGAUGAGGACAGCGGCCCGCCGCUCCUAGGGAUUCUCCGGGAGGUGGACGCUUUGGACGCCGCAGGUGCAGAGUUCCAUGCUAAGGCAGCCAUCAUAGCCGGCCAUGGCUCCAAAGAGUGGCGCUAACAGCUCACCCAACACGGUGACACCCAGCACAGCGGCCAACGGCACCACCACCACUGCUCCAGGUGUCUUCGACGAGCUGCUUAACAAGAUCCCACUGCCAAGAUGGGCCAUUUUCACAAUCGCUGCAGUCGCCGCCCUGCUGCUCCUCCUCUGCUGCCUCUGCAUUUGCGUCAAGUGCUGCUGCAAGGACAAGGCGAAGAAGAAGAAGAAGGACAAGAUCAAGCUGAAGGGCGUCACGGGCACCACCACAGCGGCAUUGGUCCAGCCGGGCGUGGAAGAUCUCGAUUACGGCUCCAGUAACAAGCGCAGGGGCAGACUGCAGUACUCGCUGGAGUACAGCUUCACCAAACAGGAGCUCAAUGUUGGGCUUAAGGAAGCAGCUGAACUGCUGGCCAUGGAUUCUGGUGGGACAUCAGACCCCUACGUGAAGGUGUACAUCAUGCCGGGCAAAGCAAAGACCUGUGAGACCAAAGUGCUGCGGAAAACGCUGAACCCCGUCUUCAACGAGAACUUCAAGUUUGAGCUCCCGGCGAACGAGGCCCCCGAGUCCACGCUGGUGAUGGUGGUGUUCGACUUCAACAGGUUCAGCAAGCACAGCACCAUCGGCGAGCUGAGGAUUCCGCUCGACAGCAUCGACCUGAACCAGGUCAUCGAGGACUGGGGCGAGCUGACGGAAGCGUCCAAAUCGGAGCAAGAGAAUCUGGGCGACAUCUGCUUCUCUCUACGCUACGUCCCAACUUCCAGCAAACUGACGGUGGUCAUCCUGGAGGCCAGAAACCUCAAGAAGAUGGACAUCAACGGGAUGUCAGAUCCUUACGUGAAGAUGCAGCUGAUAUUAGACAAGAAAAAGUGGAAGAAGAAGAAGACCUCGGUGAAGAAGAAUACACUGAACCCUUACUUUAACGAGUCAUUUUCUUUCGAAGUCCCAUUUGAACAAAUACAGAACAUACAGCUGGUGAUCUCCGUGUGGGACUACGACAAAAUGACCAAAAACGACGCCAUCGGCAAGAUCUUCUUAGGCUGCAACGCGUCGGGCAAUCAGCUGCAGCACUGGUCUGACAUGCUGUCCAACCCGCGGCGGCCCAUCGCCCAGUGGCACACCCUGCAGUCGGUCGAGGAGGUCGACACGGCCCUGGGACUCCGCAGCAAGUUCAACCUGCCGCUCAUCGGCAAAAAGUUUUAGAGGCUGCCCGCCUCGCCCGACCUUUAAUUUAAUUUCUAUUUCAUGUUUUUCACGGAUGGAAUUUAUAAGCAGCUGGCUCAGAUCCCACUUCUGCCCCCAAGAAACUCGAGCUGGGUGCUUCAGAGAGCCUCGAUUUGGUGUGAACUCUUAAACGGUGGCGCUAUAUAACAUGAUGGAGCUCUGAAUUGUCUCUGCCUGAUGACUACCUGGUGAGCACUGUGGCCCACGGGCCACCAGACUGGAUGGGACAAUCGCGCCUCGUAUGACAGCAGGACAAGCCGCUCCGCCCGCCGCACUCUCUUGUACUGUACACUUUAUUAUAGUGCGCUUUAUCAAAUCUGCAUUGUUCGUUUGCCUUUGUAUGUGCUGUGCUUGUGCUGUGUUGUCCCAGCCUAUUUAUUUUUUAAAUUCUGCUUAUUUACUGUUAUCACGUGACACCAUUUUGUUUACCCGCUAACGUGUUCAUUCAUGGUGUCGUCUGGCAUUGAAAUCCCACCGCUGCCACCCUGCUUGGUGCUCGACUAAACUCUCACUGUGUGUCUGAGCCCCAUCUGUGCAGUGGGUAGGCGCGUGACCAGCUGGUGGCGUGUUUGCCACAUCAGAACUCAGAGCCUAUUUAAGAUGGAGGCAUCAGGUGUCUGUAAAGAUGUUGCCUGCUGAUUUCUCUAAAUUAUGAAUGACAGCUAAUCAAGAGCUCUGACUUUUUGAUCUGAGGUGGUCCCGCCCUUAUUUUUGACCCCUUGGCUGUGGUUUCUUGACUUGCCCUUAGACUUCACCUCUUGCUCUUUAGUUAUUUAAGUUUGGUGUCUUAAUUUCAUGUCCAUUGGUGCCCCUCCAGAUUGAGCAAUGAGAUGCCGUCAAUGGCACACAAAGGGGUGUGGAGGUUUUCAUAGGCUUAAUACCCACCAGGGACCCCCACACACACCCACCACUACCACCGUACAGCCCCUAUCGUGUCUGCAUGCUGUGCUUUUAGUUAUGUGGGCGGGGCUAUCAGGCGCCUAGUGGGAGGGGCCAAGCAGCCAUGUGAUCAUGUGUUAAGAACAGCGAAUCAAUAAAGGCAAUUCAAAAUGU